AUGCCAAUCAAAUGGAUUUUGCACUGGCGCCCAAAUGCAGGCACAUCAGUCAACACUCAAAUACUGACAGAAAUAUCUCAGUGUGUUGAGAGCAUUAAUGGUGUUAAAGAUGGAACAUGGAAAAAUACCCUUAGCUUUUAUAAGCCUAUAAUCAAAGAACAAGCAAAUGCAUCGGAGUUUCCCCAAAACUAUUUGGGGAUUUCACUUCAAGGACAUCCCAACAAGUAUUAUAUGCUAAUUAGAGAGGAACGAUUGAUCAUCGAAGCAGAGUCAUCUCUUCAGAAGAUAAUGGAGACCUUGCAGUCCUACAAAUUAAGGGUUACACUUAUUUUUGAGGGAUUUCAGUAUCAACUUGAUGACUUCAGGGUGCGAGUGGGUAAAGCUGUUCCAAAUAAUUCUGAGAACAUGAGGGGAAUAAUUAUGGAGAUAGAGUAUCUACCGAUUUCCUCGUGGGAAAUAUCACACCAGAUUAUGGGUGAAUUCUUCGACAUAUGGAAGGAAGCUCUUGGGAAAAGAUCAUUACCAGGUCAUUUUGUUCACAUUGAACCAAAUUUUGCUGAGUACGGUCUCUCUGAUCAGUACACUUCACAACACACAGCUGUACAAUAUGAUAUUAUCAUAACACAAAUGGUAGCAACUGCUAUAUCAUCACAAGGAAUCAGAAUUUAGAAUGUUUUAUUAAUUUUAUAAAUUAGUUCGUUAUGUCCAGAAAUGGAUUAGGAUUAUGAAUGCAGAACAUGAUGUUUAUCAGCUUAUGUACUUGCAACUAAAAUCAGAAUUUCAGCAUAAAGAAAGCUUCGAGAUACUAUGAUUUCAUGUUAGUGUAAUUCAUUGUCUUUUAUGUGGGUGAUAUAGAAGUUAAUUUUUUUUUAUUUUGUGCGAGAAAUUGUGCUCCUACUUAAAAUGGUAUAUAAACUUCUAUGUCUAUUCAAGAUAAGUAGGGAUCAAACUUUGGAGAGUCAAGCUUUCUUCUUAAAUAUGGUAUAUAUUUACCUUGAAAAUGUGGACUACCUGACACCUUUGAAUAUUAUGGAGAAAUGAGAGCAAGUCCAUAUACAUGCUAAAAAGAUUUGGUUACAUUCUGGGUAACACAUUUAAACUUUUUGUCACGAUCCAAAAGUUGACGUGACAAUACUUGUCUUAUCUCCCCAAGAGUUGUCCUAAAACUCAUAUAAGAGCGAUAGAUGCGAAGUUGGAACACUCAUUUUGAAAACUACUUUUGGAAUCACCAAAAUUGAGCUCUCAAUAUUCAAAAAUGGUAAAAUGGAGUUGGAACACUCAUUUUGAAAACAUAUUUUGCAAGGUAAAAUUUACUUUGCAUGAUGGCGAUGACCAAAAAUUUGUGAUCGCAAUGAGUUAAGAAGUUCAAGUCAUUAAUAUUGAACAUCGCUAUCGUAAUUGGAAUUCAUGCCAACGCGAUGGCCAGAAAAUCAAGCCUAUGUAAUCGCAGCAGGGUUCACACGAUUGUGAUGCACACAAAAAAGACUCGACGUGAUCGCGAGAGAUAAUAAUGUAGUAAUGAUGUACAAAUUACAUUGCUCGAGAUUAGAGAAAUUGGCAAUUCAGACAUGACACCAAAAUUCCUCAAUGGACCCUCAAAAUUUGUUUAAAAGUCUAGUACACAAAUCAGAUACUCACCAAACUAGACUUGAUAUUUCAGACUCAAUUGAAUCAUCAAAAUAUAAAUAUGAAAUCUCUUUGACCCGAAAUCUGUGAAAUUCACACUAAGCUAAUGUAAUGCGCACAAAAAUAAAUUGCCCUCAGAAUCUCCAAACAAUUAACCAACACAACAUCUAGGCCUAAUAUCAUCCCUCAAAUCUAAUAAAACUGUUAGAAAUAUAAUUCGAGCAUUUAAACAUUGAAUAUUGAGUAAACUCAACCCUUAGUCAU